AUGCCCUUACCAGCUGUAGUUUCUAGCUCGAACACGGCAAGCCACAACCUCCAGUACCAGCACCAGUGGCACCCUCGGUACAACUGGGCUGGAAUGGCAAAGGUAUGGUGCUUGGCCUACCUUUGCAUGUAUAGCGCAGAUGCUGUGCAGGUGCAAGUGAAUUUCCAGAUGAGCAACAACAUCGCCUCGUGGUUGGUGAGCGACUUUGGCUUAGAUGUGGGCGGGCACAUCGCUAUGGACCUGACUAACAGUCAGCCAGCCAACGACACCUAUGUGCUUAUCCUCACUCGCAGCCAGCUUUUGGAAUGGCGCGAUGCAGAUGCGGACCUGGCGAUACUAGUCCCGCUGAGCGAGAAGGCCCCGCGGCCACUGAACAGCUUCCUGGUGAGCGCCUACCGCGCCAACCUCCGAGAGCACCUCCGGGGCUACUUCCGGGCCGAGGAAGCCACCGGUGGCCGGGAUCGCUACAACAUCGUCAUCAUGUCGGCGACGAAGUCGCCUCUGGCCAUCCGUGGCACGCUGACACUGGAGAAUCCCAACGGCCAGCAGCUGAGCGUCCAGGUAGGGGCAGUUACGUCCAGAAAAGCGGAGCUUCUCACACGAUGCGGAAUGUUGUCUUGCUUCUGGCAGGACGUGGAGGUGCCCAAGACUCUCCUGGUUGCGGGGAACGUCUAUUUCGCAGCUGCGCCGCACUUGUCGGACUCCUUUGUCUGGGGCACGUGCUACUCACAGGUGUCUUCCUUUAUCCUCUGUGAAAGCAGCACAAGGUGA